AUCCCCUCCUUUUUUCACUUGAUCAGGAAGAAUAUUACAGUUUAUGUAUUGCCUUUGUAUUUCCUCUUGUAAAAGCCGACUUUAAAGAAAUUCCCCGUCAAAAUGAGUAUCCGCAUUUUGGAAAUAAUCUUCUUCUUGUAUUUCGCCUCACACAUCCCCAUAACUUUAUUUAUUGAUUUUCAAGCGUUACUACCGGAGCAUGUGUAUCCUAAACAGCUUAAACAACUGUUGCGCUGGUAUGCCGCCGAGUACAAAGACCCGAUGAUGCUCGACCCUCCAGUCUGGUUUAAAUCCUUCAUCUUCUGCGAGGCGCUAGUGCAGAUGCCUUUCUUCCCUGUUGCGGCAUAUGCGUUCUGGAAAGGAGGCUGCAAGUGGAUCCGGACCCCGGCGAUUGUGUAUGCUACGCACGUUGCCACCACCUUGAUCCCCAUCCUGUCCUACAUCCUCCUGCACCAGUUCCCCCAGGAGCCCCACCCUGGGCCCCAGACCAUGAAGGAGCGGCUCACGCUAAUCUCCAUCUACGCUCCGUACCUGCUGGUCCCCAUCAUGCUGCUACUGACCAUGCUCUACAGCUCCACGUACACAGGCGCCACUCAAGGAGGGAAGUCCAAGUCAAAAAAGAAGGUGAAAUAAAUGGCACAGAUU